AUGGUAUCAAUAUACAUUUACAGAGAUGGUGAUACUGCCCUUCAUAGGACUGCAUCUAACAGGGACACUGCAAUCGUUAGUUUGCUUAUCGACAGUGGUAUUGAUAUAAAUUUACAGAAAAAGGAUGGUUAUACUGCACUUCACUUGGCUGCAUUGAACGGACAAACUGAAAUCAUAAGGUUGCUAAUUGACCGUGGUAUCAAUAUAAAUUUACAGAGUAAGGAUGGUGAUACUGCACUUCACUCGGCUGCAUUGUACGGACAUACUGAAACCGUACGGUUGCUAGUUGACCGUGGUAUCAAUAUAAAUUUACAGAGUAAGAAUAAACCUUUCAAUAUUAUUGCCUCGUCAACUCACAUGCACCCAUGUUUUCCUAAAGGUGAAACAAUAACAUUUUUGUGCAAACAAACAUAUAACAACAACAACAAUUCCUCUAUGUGA